UUGAAUUUGAUGAAAACGAAGUAAGAAAAAUUUGGAUCUUUAGAAAGAUGGGAAGGGCUUUUGCAAACCAUACAUAUAAGUUUAAGGCUGACUAUUAUGACGCAUAUGACAAUGAUGAUGAUCGAAUUAAGUUUGCUCCAACAACAAUUGACCAAGGACAAUGGAGACAAUUUGUCAGUUGGUUGAGCUCACAUGAGUUUCAGGUUUCUUGUGCUCAUAAUAAGUCUAAUCGAUCAAAGCAAACAAUGACUAAAACUACAGACACUAGAAGUUUUGCUCGAGUUAGAGCUGAACAGGCUGAAAUAUUAGGACACGAACCGUUUGCAUGGGAAAUGUUUAAGGUGACCCACAAGAAAAAAGACGGGUCAAUGGUUAAUUCCACAUCAAAAGAAAUAGUGGACAAAAUUCAAUCUUUAGUAACCCAAAGAGCUGAGGAAGAACCUUCUCAAGCUAUUAAUGAAAAUGGAAUUUUUUCUGAAGUAAUGGGAAGAGAAAGACAUGGACGUGUUCGUGGGUAUGGAUUCAGACCAACUCCUUCUUUUGUCCUAGGAAAUAUUCCAUCUCGUCAUGAGCUGGUUACAGAACUAGAACAAAUGCGACAACAUAAUAAUGGUUUGAAAAAUGAAAUGCAACUUUUGAAAGAGAAAAAUGAAGCGUUGUCGACAGAACUGGACCAAGUCAAAGGAAGGCAAUCAAUUUUUGAAGCUUUUAUGGAAGAUGUUAGGGAAAGAAGGAUUAGAAAUAACAAUUGACUAGACUUAAUUGUUUGAUGUCUUUUUUUGAUGUAAAGUGCCAGAUGUUUUUUUUUUUAUGACAAUGUGAUUGUAAA